UCCUAUCUUCGGCUUCGGGCUUCGGGCCGCAAACAAAACGCCGCGUCCCCUAACCUGCGGAAAAGGGAAGUUCGUUACGGAGCAUUCCGUGUUUCCGCCUCAAGCGUAAGCGUUUCCAGUGAACGCGCCGGUUCCUACGAUGGAGGACGAAGACGUGGUGGAGAUCGGGAACGUGGAGAAUGUCUGCCGGCUGUGCCUGUCCGCGGACGAGCCGAGGUUCUCGGUGUUCGCGCAGGACCGAGAGGAAGAUCCGUCCGGCGUGCCGUUGACCGCCAAGAUCCAGGCUUGCCUGUCGAUCCAGAUUUCAGCCACUGAUAGGUUGUCCACGCUAAUAUGCGCAAAUUGUGUGAAGAAUGUUAACCAGUGGCAUACCUACAAGGAGUCAUGUCAGCGUUCACAGGAUAAGUUGCAAGAAUGGCUGGCAACUCAGUCGCAACCAAAUCCUACGGUUGUAACAAUCAAGGAUGAACCAAUGGAUAUUGACUACGAGGACAAUAUACAGAUUAUCUCAGAGACUACCAAUAACUUGGAACAUGUACAUCCACCGGCUGAAACAUUGGAAAAUAAGGAGACUGAUAAUAAGGAAGUGCACGAAGUAGAUGAAACUGAUGCAAAAAUUGAUACGAAAACUGAUGCGAAAACUGAUGCGAAUGACACACAUAAAGAGGAUAACUCGGAAACAGUUCCAUCUGCCACUGAGAUGCAGCCUGACAAAGAUCAAGAUCAAAUAGAUCAGCAGGAUUCUACAGCUUUACGUUCCAUUAAAAUCGAGCCACAGGAUGACGAUGAUACCGAUUGCACUAUCGAAGUAGAAUCCGCGAACGGCAGUGAACUAUUAUUGAAUCCCAUGGCAGUUACCACGAAGGAAGAUACGGUUAUGGAAGCCGAUUCUACGCAAAAAUCUAACGCAGCUAGCGCGCCGCCCAAAAAGAAACUGAGACGCGGUCCUCAUACCCAUUUCAGAGGAACGCGUGUCUUUAAAAAGAAGUGCACGCAUUGUCAGAUUUUUCUGCAUUCCAAAUAUUCGUAUAUGAAGCACAUGAAGAGAUUCCACAGUAAGGAGAACAACGGUAUCGACAACUUGGAGUCGAUAUCGCAGAACGACGACGACGAAGAGAUGGUGGAGGAUUUGGAAGACGAGUUGGUCAGUAUGGAGAAAGAUUCACCGCUGACGCAGGUCCAACAGGAGAUUAUCAGCCAAUUGAAAACAUUCUCCUGCUAUUCCUGCGAACAGACAUUUAACGAUCGGCGUAGCACGCUCUCCCACAUACGCCAACAUCUGCCGGAUUUAAGACCGUACACGUGCAUUGCUUGCUUGACUGAAUUCCCCGAUCGAUCCAUGUACCAAUUACAUUGCGGCGCAUCCUUUGAGUGCGCCAUGAAGAUUGCCCUUGUAGUGCCCAAGCACGGUAACGAGCGGUACUUUACAUGUAACAUGUGCUUACGUUCGAUGCGCGACAGGAAGGAACUACUGAGCCACUUGUCGAAACAUUCUGACAAGCAAUACGAGGAGAUGAUGUCGCCGGCACGCGCGCCACCCAAAUUGAAACCGAUGGCGCCGUUGCCAUCUGCAAAAAGCAGCUCCGAUAAAGCGCAGAAGGCUGUCGUCAAAGGACCUUAUAAGAAUGGCGAUCCGGCGCACAAUCAUGCUUGCGAUCUAUGUGGCAUGAUUUACAGAUACCGACCCAAUAUGUUUAAGCAUCGCGAAUUCUGCAUGCGGCUGCAGCCAGAGAAUAGAACAUCGUACAAGUGCGUGCACUGUUCCAUGACGUUCCUCGUGUUUAAGAAGUUUCAUACUCACAUCACGGUUGAUCACAAAAAGAAAGAGUUUACUUGCAUUGUGUGCAACUCGAAAUUCCGAUCGCCCAGCGAUUACUUGACUCAUCACGAGAAUCAUCGCGCGGCGACACGCGGCAAUCGUCAGACGCAGGAGGACAUGUCGCAGAAUGGAGUUCAGAUACCAUUGAAGGAACGGAACCGAGGGGACGCCAAACUGGUCAAGUCAAGAAUCGGCGGUCAGAAAUACAGUUGUGCGCUCUGCACCCAGGAAUUCUCCACGAGGUCUGAGCUAACGGAGCACCGAAAUCUCCAUCUCAAAGUGAAGAUAUACUCGUGCGUUAUUUGUCGCAGCAUGUUUAGUAGUCCGGGUGCGUUAGAGAUCCACAUGAAAGAUCACGGCAUCGAAGACCCGAAUGAACGAAACGCCAAUAUCUCUUGCGUGGAAUACGGUACUUUAGAUGAGGACAUAAGGAUUGACGAGAAAGACUCGAUGAACGCGAGUGCCAUCUCGGAUCCCGGUACGCAGAUUCACGAGUGCUGCGAGUGCGGUAAGGUGAUGUCAAAUUACGCCAAUCUUCGCCGACAUACCAAGAUUGCACAUCGGAACGCCAAGAUCUAUGAUUGUGCCGAAUGCUCGCGAAUGUUUACGCGUAAGGAGCUGUAUGAUCACCAUAUGCAGAUCAAACACAACUCGAAGACGAUGUUGCAGUGCCCUCAAUGUCCCAAGAGUUUUGUCUUCCAGUCGAACUUUACUUAUCAUUUUCGCACCGCUCAUCUUGAGAAAUCGCAAAACGGUUACGCAUGCGACAUCUGCGGCAAAGUUUUCGUCGAGGAAGCGUCCUUGAAAAUACACAAGGGCUGGCAUAAUCGCGCCAACUCUCGUCUGAGCACACGAUUCAUACUGGGUAAUCAGAAGACGCCCGAUGACGAGCCGCAAAUGGAGUCGGCCGGUGUCGAAUCGGGCGAGAAUUCGGAACGGCCAGCAAGAGCACGAAAGUCAUUCCCCAAUCCUCCGCUUCAAUCACCGACGACUUCAUCGGAGGGAAAUUUCCAGUGUCAAGUAUGCAAUGAUAAGUUCAACGACGUCACGGAGUUAAGAAAUCAUUUAUGGGACGUCCAUUGCGCCCGCAACAAGCCGGAGAAGAGUUUCUCCAACGACGAACUCCAGUGCGAGCUGUGCACAAACGUCUUCCCCGAUCGGGAGACCUUGGCGUCACACAUGCGGUGGCAUAAGGCCAAUCCGAUUCUCAGCGACAUACGAAAGACGUACUCUUGCGAUGUGUGUUGCAAGUCUUACAGCUCAAAGAAGGUCUUGUGGAAGCAUAAGAAGCUACACAAGGCCACCGUUGUGGCGUCGAUCAAAUUUCAAUCCUUGGCGAGGAAACCGAUGGCCAGUCAAUUUCUUUGCAACUUUUGCCGGAAAGUGUUCUCCAGUGGCCAGUCGCUACAACGGCAUAAGCUUAACUUUCAUAGUGAGCUGCAGAACCCGCAACGGACGCAGCAACAAUUGUACAAUAGCAAUCGUAGAUUGUCGUAUGAGGACGAGCCGAGAGCGAAGCGUAUGAAGCUCGAGAUCGAUGACGACAAUCCGCCGCCUAAGCUGCCGCCAUUUGCUAUGGAUUUCGCCGGCGAGAGGAGGAAGCCAGUCAUGUGUCAUUUGUGCAAGAAGAUGUUCCCGAAUAUGAGCGUACUAUACAAACACAAGCAGACCGUGCACAAGCAUCGAGGAAGGAAAGACCUGAUACCUGAGUGCAUACCGAUGACGACUCAAGGCGGCAAGUUUUCAUGCAACAUCUGCUUCAAGGAGUUCCCAGGCCUGUCGAAUCUGCGACAGCACUUCACGAUUAAGCACAAGAAGGGCUCGGAAUCCGGCCAUCCGCGACUGAGCGGCGACGCGCUCACCGAACGACCGACGAAGGAAGCCGAGUCACCGUCCCACAACAAUGUCAUGUUCAGCUGCAAACUGUGCAAGCAGUGCCACGUCUUCAACAGGGAAGCGCUCAUGAAUCACAUCACCACUGUGCACAACGCGGUAUACCAGGCUGACAGCAGAACGUUUCACAGGGAGGUCAAUUUGGGCGCUUACGUAGUGAAGGGCGCGAUCGGCGCUACGUGCCCACGAUGCAAUGUCAAGUAUCCCAACAACCGUGCUCUAAAGAUACACUAUAUUAAAUUCCACGAGAACGCUGAUUAAACGCUUGUAGCCGCUGGAAAAUUGGAUUGGUGCCAGGUGGAAAUAAUUCUUCUCCAUAUCACGUGAUUAUGAAAAAAUCGACGGAUCUUCUUCGUUCCUCGGAUCACGAUUCUCUCCGUAUUGUAAAACGCUCUUACGCGACAUGUUCCUGAGACAGAAUCGAUCAAUCGUUUUUACGUAAAAGGAAUGUAGGAUUUGUUUUACGACACACAACUCGUAAUAAACGAUCAACCAAAUCUUUGAUUUAUUAAUAUGUAAACCAAUGGUUCGCAAAUGCUAUUAAACAUCCAUAAUUUCGACGUUUGCGAGAUGAUAUAACAAGUAUUAAUGAAGUACACAAAUAUAUUCUUUCUAUAGAUUGUGUCGGUGUAUCAACAGAAGUUUUUUUUUUCGUUUUGCACGAGCGACGAUUAUUUCCAUAAACGUGAACGAUUCACUCGUAGAUGAUUUGUUACCUAUUUGAUACAGCAACUGUUGUAAUUCUUGCGACCAAUGAGACGUGUAAAUAUCGAGGCGGUAGAGUAGAUAUUACAUGACUUGGUAAAAAACGUGUGUGCAGCCUCUCGGUGUAUUGUAGCUAUAAGUUGAUUGCUGCAGCCAGGUAUAUAUUUACAUAGCAGUCUCUUAUAAAGUAGGAUCCGUGAAAUCCUUGGUUCUCGCGUGGAAUUAUGUUAGGAAUUUGUGACUUUGAUACUUUUAUUUUAUAAAAAAAAAGUGAUCUAAUCUUAAUCUUCCCUUCCUUUUUCCUUAAAUCGUUUCUUCCAUCAAUUGAUUUAUUUAAUACGCUUCGUGAAAUCUUUUGUGCAACCUGGUUGCAAUAACAACGACGGAUAAUCGCCUUAGAGAUGUACUGCAACAAUUGCUUAGAUUUUAAUUUACCUACAUUAUAGAUUAUAACAAUUAUUAUAUAUAGAAUGCAAAUAAAUAUCAUGAAUAUCUUGCUUACGUCACGGUAUUUAUUAAGUUUUCCCCAUUGUGUCAUUCUGUUUUUGCUUAAUUGCCGAUUACGUUCUUUUUCCUCUUUAUCUUUAAUCUCGUAUUAACAAUGCGUUAUACAUUAGUUCAUUUGAACACUUGCAUUUGCGAUCUGUGAAAAUAAAAGUAAUAAGAAAAGUAAAACGCUAAAAUAAAGAAAGAAUUACUAAUCUUUGUUAUCGAAUUUUUUAGACUAAUCGUAAAAUUGACAGACGGAAACGAGAUUUCACAUAUUGUAUUCUCGAUAAUGAGAUCGUAUAAAUUAAUUCUAUCUCUCUUUUAUAUAUAUAUAAACUAAAAUUUUAUAUAAUAAUACAUAUAAAUAUUGAAACGGUAGAAUAGAAAUUAUAUAACUCGAGAAAUGUGUGCAUCCUUUGUAUUGUAGUUAACACAAGUUGAAUUUUAUAUAUACAUAUAUGUAUAUAUCAAACAUUUCAAAUGGUAUAAGCGAGAAAACUGAUAAUUGCAAUAGAGAUAUUAGUAUCUAAAACCGAAGAAAGCUGCAAUAAGAGAAAAUGUUCGAAGUUUUCAGGAAAUAAAAUAUAUAUAAAAGCUAAAUAAAUAUUGUAUUAUAAUUUUACUAAAUUUUGGUUAAGAGAUCGAUGGUAUAUAAUAUAUAUAUCAAAAUUUAUAUCGAUUUCUGAUAAUUAUUUUUACUCGCGUAUAUACUUAUUUUUAGGUAUAUGUAGAGAUAUGAAUAUAGAAUAUGCGUAUGAAAUAUAUAUAUACAUAUAAAUUACAGAAAUUAAAUGUUUGUGCUUCUAAUGCGUCCUGUCAACUUGAACUCACAUUUUGUUGCUGCUAUUGUCAGUCGAAAUCCUAAAGAACCACCUAUAUGCGAAAUGUUACAGCAACAUGAUAUUAUUUUCAUCGUAUAAGUUUUGUUGUAUUUAAUUAUUUGUGAGUGAAUCAAUAAAAGAUCUAUAAUGUAUUGUUAUUUUUAAACAACGUGGGUCUUUUGUCUAUCAAUUUGUAUCGAAUGAAAAGAAAUAAGACUGUAAAUAGUUCUACAUAGUUGUACGUAUUUUUCAGACAAAAAACGGAUAAGGUAGUGAGCCAGGCGCAGAAAACAGGGCGAGAACGAUUGUCUUCAAAAAAUAUAUUCAACAAUUUAGAACGUUUCAGCCUCUUCAGAUCAUUUUCAACAAUUGUCACAAAUCGAUAAAAAAAAAUAUAUAUGCCAUACAAAAGAUGGGGCAGAGUUAUACGAUUACGCACAUUAAAGAUAUAUAUACAUAUAUAUAAAACAGAUGCCAAUUUAGGCUAGCAAUUUCUGAGUAAAUCUGUUGCCAAUUCGCUGGGAUAUUGGGCGCAUUUUGUUUACUGGAUCGCUGCAAUAUUUGACAAUUGGAGAGUACAUAAUUUUAAGAAUCAUGGUCUUGUGUAUCUUUUUUAAACAGAUGAAACAGAUGGGAAACUCUUCCAUAACACUUGAUGCAUAUCAGAAUUACUCGGAAGGUCCUCGAAACGCAUAUUCUAUUCUUUAAUUAUAUAUAUAAAUGAUGUCGCGCGCGCACGAAUCUUGCUCGGUUUCUGCCGACAAUCUAAUGUCAAAUCAUGUUAGUAGAUCCUGUUCGGUUUCUGCCGCCAAUCUGCUAUCAGAUUCUGAGAGGCAGGCUUUGCUCGAUUUUUGGUACCAAGUUAGGUCGAUUUAAUCAAUAAUAACAACUUUUGUACCAAAUUUGUAACCUUUUUGCUGACAACAAUUGAUAGUAGACACUUACAAUUAGCAUGAUCUGCUUUCGAUAGACUUGACUAUGUGGGAUAUAUAUAUGUGUAAUAUGUUUUAGAUAGUACAAAUUCUCACUACGUUUUUAAAAUACAUCACUCAGCUUCUUUCACGAAUCACUCAGUUAUGAAGUGCUUAUCUUUUAAUGAUAGAAUUAUUUAAUGAGAUAUCACAGUAUGAUUAUUACAGCAGAGAAAUAGGUGAUGCAGGAAUUGGCAACGUCAUAAAACAGCUGAUCUGAUCUGGAAAAAUCAUAUUGCAUCUGAUUGCGUCCGAUAUCCGAUAUGCGUAUAUUAUAUAAUAAGAUGCCAGUAUGCAUUAUUGUAUAAUAAUAAAAAUGAUUAUGUGUGUGUGUGUGUGUGUGUGUGUGUACAAAAUGUAAUGUAACAGCGAAAACGAUUGCAUCCGAUACCCGACAUAUGUAUAUACGGAAUAAAAUGCCAGUGUGUAUUAUUAUAUAAUAAUAAAAAUAACUGCGUGUGUGUCUGUGUGUAAAAUAUAGUUAACGAAAGCAAUCAAUCCAUUUUUACCUACGAAUGCGUAUAAAGCCAUUAUUUUUAGAGUAUUUGAGAAUAAUUCCUAUUUAGUGUUCAAUGCAUAUUACGUAACGAGAAUGUCUUUAUUUUACAGAAUUGCGAUAUUCAAUAGGUUAAUGUACUUUCUAAGACUUUUUAACAUACCAUUUUUGUUCUCAAAUAAUUUUAUUUUAUUGUUUGAUGGAAUACCAACAAUAAAACGCAAAAUGGAAAAGAGUUAUGUAUAAGUUAUAUAUAUAGGCUGUAUAUAUAGAUAUAAAAGAAUCAUUA